GGGGAGGCCAGGCGCGACUCGGCGGCUCUCCCUCGUUCUUCUGCUGCUCUUCAUCCUCCGACGUUGUCCGGGUUGACGGGCGUGCGUGACUGACUCCGGAAUCGAAAGAAAAACCGCCAUGGCCCUGUUGACCGUUCGUCUUGCUGCCUCGGUAGCGAGACAGCUUCCCAGCACCCAGGUGAGCUGGCCUGCUGCUGUCGUUGCCUCCAGGAAGUACCAUGUAUCCUGCAGUCGCAGAUCUGCUGAGAUCUCCUCUAUCCUGGAGGAGCGCAUCCUCGGCGCUUCCAGCAAGGCCAACCUUGAGGAGACCGGCCGUGUACUCAGCAUUGGUGAUGGUAUUGCCCGUGUCUACGGUCUCAAGAACAUCCAGGCCGAUGAGAUGGUGGAAUUCAGCUCCGGACUGAAGGGUAUGGCCUUGAAUUUGGAGCCCGACAACGUCGGUAUUGUCGUCUUCGGUAACGACAGGCACAUCAAGGAAGGCGAUAUCGUCAAGCGUACCGGUGCCAUCGUCGACGUUCCCGUCGGUAACGAGCUUCUUGGACGUGUCGUUGACGCUCUGGGUAACCCCAUUGACGGCAAGGGACCCCUCAACAACAAGCUGAGGUUCCGUAUUGGUACCAAGGCCCCAGGUAUCAUCCCUAGGGAAUCUGUCCGAGAGCCCAUGCAGACCGGUAUUAAGGCCGUCGACUCUCUGGUGCCAAUUGGUCGUGGUCAGCGUGAGUUGAUCAUUGGUGACAGGCAGACCGGAAAGACAGCUCUGGCUAUCGACACCAUCAUCAACCAGAAGCGUUUCAACGAAGGUGGUGAUGAGAACAAGAAGCUGUACUGUAUCUACGUCGCCGUCGGUCAGAAGCGAUCCACCGUCGCCCAGAUCGUCAAGCGUCUUACAGAUGCUGGUGCCAUCAACUAUUCCAUCAUCGUCUCGGCUACCGCCUCCGAUGCCGCUCCUCUUCAAUACCUUGCCCCCUACUCUGGCUGUGCCAUGGGUGAAUUCUUCAGGGAUAACGGCAAGCACGCCCUCAUCAUCUACGACGACUUGUCCAAGCAGGCCGUGGCCUACCGUCAAAUGUCCCUGCUGCUGAGGCGACCCCCAGGUCGUGAGGCCUACCCCGGUGACGUUUUCUACCUUCACUCCCGUCUUCUUGAGCGUGCCGCCAAGAUGAACAAGUCCCUGGGUGGUGGUUCCCUCACUGCUCUCCCCGUCAUCGAGACCCAGGCUGGUGACGUAUCGGCCUACAUUCCCACCAACGUCAUCUCCAUCACUGACGGACAGAUCUUCUUGGAAACCGAGUUGUUCUACAAGGGUAUCCGACCUGCCAUCAACGUCGGUCUGUCUGUAUCCCGUGUAGGAUCAGCUGCCCAGACCAAGGCCAUGAAACAGGUCGCUGGUUCCAUGAAGCUGGAGUUGGCCCAGUACCGUGAAGUAGCCGCCUUCGCCCAGUUCGGUUCCGACUUGGAUGCCGCCACCCAGCAACUGCUGAACCGUGGUGUUCGUCUUACCGAGCUGUUGAAGCAAGGACAGUACGUGCCCAUGGCUAUCGAAGAGCAGGUAGCCGUCAUCUACUGUGGUGUCCGUGGAUACCUCGACAAGAUGGACCCCGCCAAAAUCACUGCCUUCGAGAAGGAAUUCCUUGCCCACAUCAAAGCCACCCAGCAGGACCUUUUGGCCACCAUCGCGAAGGAGAACAUCAUUAGCGAAGCGUCUGACGCCAAGCUGAAGAAGGUCGUCACCGACUUCUUGAGUUCAUUUGGCGCGUAAAUGUCGAGCGACUCGAAUAAUCAACAUCUGAGACCUCGAUCAUCAUUAGUUGUAACAGCUGCUGCGCCGGCGCUGAAUCCUGUGCAUGAGUAGUAUAUUUUGAAGCUUGGCUGUGAAUAUACUCCACGUGCACGUACUGUAACGUCAUUUACGAGAAUGAAAGGAAAGCAGAGAUUAACUGAAAGACAACAAUUCCACAUUCGAACGAUAAACUCGAUAGUCAUAUACAUAUGUUAAUACGUUACACGUUGGUUCUUUAAUAAAAACAAAGUACCUUUUAUUUCGUAAUUAACCGACAUUUGAAUGUAAACACCCAUCAUUGAAAUCGGAUUACUUUGAUCAUUGCAGAAUGACUAAAAGGAAAGAAGCAAUUGUCUGAAGUAACUUAGAAUAAUAAAACACAAAAACUUCAAUAAAUGUUAAAUUUUUAUCAAAUUGAAAACUAUAGAAUAUCCUUUAUUGAUUUCUGUAUAAACACAUUAGGAUAGUAGGCAUUGCAAAUAAUCCAUUUGAUUAGUUUAAAUUUUUUAAUAAAAUAUCAUAUUACAUUAUAUACAAAUA